AUGUUCCACACAGAGCAUCUUGUCAUCUUGCCUGUCUGUGUGUCUGUCAUCUCCUGUCUCUGCUGGCUUGUCCCCUUCAGGUCCUUGUCAUCACCUGCCUGUGUGAUGCAUCGGCCUCUCUCUGCAUAUGGCACAUCUGCCUUCCAAGCAAUUCCACAGGUCUCAUCCCAGCUGGGAGCUGAUGGCAUUAGCUGGGAGCAGUUCCGGGUUCUGAGUUUCUCUGGCCUGACUUCAAAACGGCUCCUGGCUAAUCACUUUCUCCUGCUGGAGAACCGAGUCUUCUGCACUCACCGCCAGCCAGUGCAGUCCUCUAUAUCUGCCGUUCCUUUCCACCUCCAUGUCCCUCUGCAGAGGCCCCCAAGGUCACCACCUGCCACUGCCACCUUCACCGUGACUGUAUAUCCCCAGGUUCCUACAGCUCCUCUUGCACGACUUAGUCAUUUGGUAGACUUUGUCUUGAAAACCAGAAAAAAGACUGCAGCCCUUCCAAGGGGAGAACCACCUGCAGCUCCUGAGAUCCUCACCAUGUUGAACUUAGGAUGCUGGAAGUCAAGCAAGCACCUCCCCUCCCUGAUCAACGACUGUUGUGACCUGUGUCACUGUGGAUGCAGCAUAGUGAAAGACCAAUAAACACAGGGUGAUGGUGACUGUAGUGGAGAUGUUAAGCAGAGGAAGUGAUGAGAACCAACCACCCUUGAAAACAGACUUCUGUAUCAACAACCCAUGCAAAGCAGGCAGGCAUGUAAUAGAAAUAAAUUUCUUGCACUUUUAUUUAAAAAGAUGUGGUUCAAUUUUGAUACUUUUGAUACUACUUUUUUUUAUAUAGUUAGUCUUCUUUUUAUAGCAGGGUACGGAGGUCCCUAAUUAUAAUUUUAUUGAUGCUUAUCUCUAUUAUGUCUAGUAGUGUUUUUUCUUGAAAAACAAUAACAAAGAAGAAUAAAAAUGAUGAUACAGACAUUCAAAACUAAAUAAUAGGAGAUUAACACUGGAUAAUGUAUUUCACAUUGUCUUCAAAGUAGUUGUUCAGAUUACAAUAUAUAGUCAAGAAAAAGUGAUCAAAUGAUCAAACAAUGAAAACAAUUGUUCUUUUCAGUGAACAGAUUAGUAGUAUAGUUAUCACACACACACACACACACACACACACACACAUGCACACACACACACACACAUUUUCAUUCCUUCUUUCUUUUCUCCUUUCCGUAUCCCAGUUGUUCUUACCCUUGGAGCAGUUUCUUUCCCUUUAAAUUUCAUGUGUCUAUUGCACGUUUUGGAUCUUAUUCACUCUUUCAGUUUUUAACACUAGGGAAACAGUAUGAUAUUUACACAUGC